AUGUUUUUCCUUCUUAUGCAGGCAUUUCAGCAGUUCCCCGGUAUCAAUACAAUUAUGUACUACAGCACAACUAUAGUCCAGAUGGCUGGCUUCUCUUCCAACCAGCUAGCACUUCUCUUAUCCCUGAUCGUCGCUGCCAUGAAUGCUGCGGGGACCAUCGUUGGAAUUUACUUAAUUGACCAUGUUGGUCCGAAAAAACUGGCCCUCGCGAGUUUAUCCGGUGUAUUAGCAUCCUUGGCAAUGCUUUCUGGUGCAUUCUUUGCAGAAUCUUCUGAUUCCGCAAACGGGGUAUAUGGGUGGCUUGUGGUCAUCGGUUUGGCCCUCUACAUCGCUUGCUUCUCACCCGGGAUGGGACCCGUACCAUGGACAGUAAACUCGGAGAUAUACCCCGAGGCAUAUCGUGGAAUAUGUGGUGGCAUGCCGGCCACCGUCAAUUGGAUUUCGAACUUGAUUGUGGCGCAGACAUUUCUCAGCAUUACUGACGCUCUGGGGACAGGUGCGACGUUCUUGAUUCUUGCGUGUGUAGCUGUGUUGGCCAUCGUGUUUGUGGCCAUCUUCGUACCAGAGACGAAGGGGUUGACUUUUGAAGAGGUGGAGAAGAUAUGGAAAGAGAGAGCUCGGGGAAGUAGCAAAGGCAAAGAGAGUGCAGAAGGCCUCCUUGAAGAUGAAGCCUGAGUGGUAUAAGCCCUUGUUUAUCCAUUAGAUAUAGUAGGUACAGCAUUAGAACGAGCAUCCGGCGAACCCGCCCCUAUGCCUGGAGUUUCAUUUCAGGUUAAGGAGUCCGUUGGCUGUGGACAGGUUGCAACUUAAGGAAAUAAAUGUGUAUUUCGGGUUUUGCA